AUGCUUAUCAAUAAUAUUUCAAAUAAUUCCAGAAUUGCUUUCUCAUAGUUAAGGAAUAUUAUAGGUUUUGGAUAUCUAUUUUGUAAUUUAUACACUUAACAUAUUAGUAUAUAGCUUAUAUAAGGAGAUGCAUUAACCAUAAGUUUCAUAAUUUUGACAAUUUUAAUUAACCUUAUUGCUUUUUGGAUUGCUUAUGACAAGCCUGUUGAAUUACCUUAUAUAAGUAUGCGAAUGAAGAUAUUUAUAAAAGGAGUGUUUUUCUUUCUUCAUUUUAAUAUUUAUUUAGAUAAUUAUAUAGUUCCAAUUUAUAAUAAAGCUUUAAGUAAAUAUUACUAGAAUGUAAAUACCUUACCUUUUAAAGUUUACAGAUUACUCAAAUUCUUAAAAAUAUCUAUAUGUCUUUUAUUAUCCUAUUUAUUGAACACUUCAAAUUUUGAAAAAUAAACUCAUUACUUGUCUAGCUUGCUCAUUUUUGGCGUAUAUUUUGCUUUUAGUAUUUGCUUUAUACUUUAUGAUAUUAUAACAAUUAAAUAUCCCUCUACAAUAAAUAUUUCUUUCAGAUAAAAUAAUACUAAUUAAGAUAUAUUAAAUAAUAACUCUUAAUAUAAAUACAUGAUACCAAGUAAAACAUAUUUCAUUAAUUGA